AAUUCUGAUAAUUCGUAAUGCACGGGGGACCUGAUUAGCACAGUCUCCUAAAGAUUUCGGCGUGGAAGGAGUUUGGGGAAUCGCAGCAAUAGUUUAGCUGGCGAGUUAAACGACAGAGCUACACGGGGGUGCGAAGAGGGGGAGAUGGGCAACUGUCUGAACUCUCCUACUUCGGAUGACAUCUCUUUGCUGCAUGAUUCCCAGUCGGACAGAGCUAGUUAUGGUGACGGGCCCGACCCAGACCAGGAACCGCCUCCUCCAUACCAGGAGCAGGCUGAGGUGCCUGUGUAUCACCCCACCCCCAGUCAGACGCGGCUGGCCUCCCAGCUGACGGAGGAGGAGCAGGUCCGCAUUGCGCAGAGGAUCGGCCUCAUCCAGCACCUCCCCAAGGGCGUGUACGACGGGGGGAAGGAUGGCUCCGAAAAGAAGAUCAGAGAGUGUGUGAUCUGUAUGCUGGACUUUGUGUAUGGAGACCCCAUCAGGUUCCUGCCCUGCAUGCACAUCUACCACCUGGACUGCAUCGAUGACUGGCUCAUGCGCUCCUUCACCUGCCCGUCCUGCAUGGAGCCCGUGGACGCUGCGCUGCUGUCCACCUACGAGACCAACUGACCCCGCCCUGCUACGCCCCACCGGGCCCUGCCCAAGCUCCUCCCCCCCCCCCACCCCCCCACACACACACCACACCCCUGCUGGGUGAGCUUCUAGGCAGAGGGCAGGGUCUGGAGUGUAGAGAAUUGGGGGAGUCCCUCCCCACCCUCCCACUCACUAGGGGACCAAUGCUAAGGACCUUGGAUUUGGGACAUUUUUCUUGGGGGAGGGGUGGGCAUGCAGUCUGGGAUGUUGUUUCUUUAUUUUUUUUGGGGGGGGGGAUCUGCUGGUCAGAGAAUCCCAUGUGGAAAGAGGGGAACUGAGCAAUGGAGCUGUACAUUACCACUCAGAAAUGAGACUGACAGGACCUUUCAGCCCCGUUGAAGAGUGCUGAGCCACUUAGAAUGGAAGGAAAAAAAGAGAGACACCUUGUGGACUCUUCUCCAUUUGCUAUUGGGGGAAAAAUAGGAUGAACUUGACUGUUGUCAUGACGAGCAGCAAUGAACAGCCUCUCCCUGCUGCUGUCAGUGCUCUGCUCCGCCCAGAGACACGCCUCUUCUCUUUCAGCGCUCUCUGAGGCCGAGGAAAGGGUUAAUCUCUGGCCAGUCUGCCAAAGGGCUCACUCAUGCCUCUACCCUCGGAGGGGGCCGAUACAAAACGUCACCAAUUACAGAUACUUGCACAUGUAUCAAAACUAGUGAUUUGCACAUGGACAGUAAAUGGACAAAAAAGGUUGUAUAUCGGUAUAAAGAGAGGUUUUAGUGGGUUGAAAUGUCUAUGCCUUCAGCCUUGUAAUAUUUUUCUUUUUUGGCACAAUGGAAGUUUAUAGCUACCCAUAAUGCAGUUGGCCGUAUGUGAUAGUGAAGUUGCAUUAGCUGUUGGCACAAACGCAGCUACAUAGAUUGAAGAGAGGGCUGCCCCACUCUGAUGCUCUGCAUCCCCAGAUUCCUCUGAACGGCAGUGAGGGAUCAGGUGUGGUUUCAGGUGUCUGAUCCCCCUUCUAAGAUAGUGCAGGUGUUGAGGUUCAUAGACACAAGGUGGGUGGUGUUUUGUGUGUGUUUGUGUAGCUAGGCAGCAGGUCCUGCUCUAGUCCAAGCAUUUUGUGCCUGAAAACACCCCAUCCUCUCCUGCUGCCUUGCAGUGCCCCAGACAGUGUCUCUCCCUUAGUUUGUAAUUUCACUGAAAGUGGUGGUGUUUGGAGUAGCAAUAAAUAAUGACUGUCUUUCUUUAAAGGUGUUUUGGUAGUGUUUUGCUGUGUUUCUGGUUCUGUUUGACCAAGUUUAAAAGAGAAAUGGUCGAGGAGAUUCAGUGCUUUCCUUCAGCACCUUCUUUGGACUGCAGUAAAAAUCCUAAAUUCUUGCAUUUUUAAUUGCAUCAGCAUCCUUUUUUCACAUUUUCCCCCCUUUUUGUUGAAUCACUGUACAUUUGGCUCGUCACACCAUGAGAAUCCUUUCUUUGUGCACAGGAGAGCUGGACUGCUCAGCAAUGCAGUCAUCUGAUUCCAGCAGUUACUAUUUUUCACACUACAGUUCCCACAAUGCACCAGGAGAGCAAAUGCGGAAAUGAAGAUGCACCCAUCUCCCUGAAAUCAUUUAAGUGACUCAUAGGCACCUGACGAGUCACAGGGUGCUGCGAGAGCAGUGUUAUGUGGGAACCCUGGCCAACAGCACCCACCCCACUGUGGCAGAAUGAGGCCAGUUGUGUUCCACUGAAAGGGACUCUCAGCUAUUGUCAGUGAAUGACAGGUCUCAAACCUUGGUCUUGCGUGUAGGAUUUGACCUGUCGGGAAUAAGAGCCUUAGCUGACUCAGCUGUUCAGGAGCUGCUCCUUUCAAAUAUUCUAAUGCUGCCAUUCCAUGUACAUCACUCCUUUCUCCUCAUCCCCCAACGUGUACCCAUGACAAAUUUCUCUGAGUCUAGGGAUAUUCUAGAAGCUCCCGCCCACUGAUUGGAGGUCAUCUUCAUCACCCACCACACUUACACCUGCCUGGUCCUACUCGGGUCAAAGAGGAAUCUGAUGAGGAACAAGUGGGUUGAAAAGUUAUGUUCCCCAUGCUUUAAACAAACAGGUGUUCUGGCUGUAUCUGGCUGUUCCAUUCUUUUUCAUGUCCAUGUCCCCC